UAACAAAGUGUUGAAUAUGAGUAACGGAAUUGAAAAUAUGGUUACAUUGAACUACCCUUUGGUUAUAUGUCUGGCCAUCGCUUGGCUGCUAAUGUUUUUAAGUAUUUCUCGAGGAGUGAAAGGAUUGGGAAAAGUGGCUUAUUUUACGGCUAUUUUCCCAUACAUUAUGAUCACAAUACUGUUAGGGAGGGGCGCCUCUCUCGACGGGGCGUUGGAUGGCAUCAAAUACUAUGUGACCCCCGAAUGGGAAAAGUUGGCAAAUAUAAAGGUCUGGUCGCAGGCGGCCUCUCAAAUAUUUUUCUCUCUAUCCAUAUGUAUGGGUGGAGUGAUUACUCUCUCCAGUUAUAAUCCAUUUAAAAAUAACUUUCUUCGAGAUUCGUUGACAAUCGCUGUGUGUAAUUCACUGACGAGGUUUGCGAUAUUUAGUGUCAUUGGAUUUAUGGCCAAAGAUUUAAAUAAAAAUAUUGAUGAAGUGGCUGACCAGGGUGUUGGACUGGCAUUUAUAGUGUAUCCCUCGGCUCUAUCAAUGCUUCCGGUGGCACCUCUUUGGUCGUGUCUAUUCUUUUUAAUGAUAUUAAUCCUUGGAUUUGGGAGUGAAAUGACUCUCAUUGAAGCCAUUGUUAUGACAAUUGUUGAUCAGUGGCCGCACAAACUCAGGCACAGAAAAGUUUGGGUUUUGGCCUGUGUUUGUGUGGUUAUGUUUUUGGCCGGUCUUUUCAUGUGCACGAGUGCUGGUAUCUAUAUUCUGCAAUUAAUGGAUAGUUAUUGUGUGCCAUAUUCUGCGCUCUUUAUAGCAUUUUUUGAAGUGAUGACAAUUGCGUGGGUUUUUGGUAUGAAUAAAUACUUGGAGAGAAUGAAAGAGAUGUUGGGUUCCUAUCCAUUCCCAAAGCAAUAUUGGAAAUAUAUGUAUCAAUACUUCUGUCCGAUUGUUAUUGCUGUGCUUUUGAUCCUACAAUUUGUAUACAAAUUGCCGACGACUUAUGGGAAUUAUGAAUACCCGGUCUAUUCUGAAGUUAUUGGUUGGCUAUUAUGUGUUUCAUCAAUAAUAUUCAUUCCGGGCAUAGCUUUGUAUCAAAUCUUAUAUAAAAUGUUUGCUGAAAAACUUUCAUUUAAAUUGGCAGUGAAGACAUUGAUUGAACCGACUUCUGUGUGGAGCAAAAGUGUUGAAUCCAAUGGGUUUUCAAAUGGUCACGAAAAGAGUGAUCAAAAUCGA